AUGCUCUCGAUUUUCGAUCUUGAUGCUCAAGGGCCGAGUCAGUCACCGGAUGAUGAUGAUGAUGUUAUUGAGGAAAAACCUGUUCCCGGAGUGUUGUGUGCCGUUUGUGGAGAUCUCGCAACGGGGAGACAUUAUGGAGCGAUUGCGUGUAAUGGGUGUAAAGGUUUCUUCCGGAGAACGAUCCGUCGUGGCUACAAGUAUUCUUGCAGAUUUCAAUCAAAUUGUAUCAUUGAAAGACAUAAUCGAGCUGUCUGCAGAUAUUGUCGAUAUACAAGAUGCAUCAAAGCUGGGAUGAGAGUCGAAGCGGUCCAACAUGAAAGAGACUCAAUUGGAAAACGACCAAAAGUCGGAGCAAUCAACAAGGGAUUACAACAACAAAUAACGAAUAAAAGACAAUCAAUUGAAGAGGGUGCAUCGAGGCAUUCAUCAUCGAGGAAUUCUUCUCCAGAAUUUGAAGUCACUGGGAAAGAUUGGGAUAAUCCAAAGUUUCUUCUCGAUUCUCUUCUUUCUUCCGAAAAUAUGAUUCAAUCAAUGAGGGAUACUGUAAUCAAACAAACGGGAAAUGCGAAAUAUUCGAAUAAAAGCGAGAAAUGCCCAGCUACUGACGACAAUACAGCCGACAUCAAUGACAUCUUUUUAUCCCUUCACACCCAACUACAUCUAGUGAUUGCUUGGGCGAGAACUCUGCCUCCAUUCGAGACUCUUUCAAAUGAGGAUCAGAAAGCUUUACUCAAGAAUUUCGCGGCUCAACACGUUGUCCUUUGUGUCGCUUAUCGAUCGGUGGAUGGAGGAGACUUUCUCAAACUGUUGAACGAUAGCUGUAUCCCGAGAAAUAAAGGAGGCCAAAAAGGCAUCACUGACCUCUAUUUCCGGGAUUGUGAACGAGUGAUGGAUCAAAUCGUUGCCCCGAUGAGGUUCAUGAAACUUGAUCCAGUUGAAUUCGUCGCCAUGAAGGCUUGUGUGCUUUUUGAUCCAGUUGCGAAAGGGUUGUCACCGGAAAGUACACAUCAUAUUCUGGCAACGAGAAGGAAGAUCUUUUCUUCACUCGAGUUCUACAUAAAGAAAAAGCAUCCAGAAGACAAGACGCGUGUCGGGGAUAUCACUUUCUUUCUACUGUCACCGUUGCAGUCAAUCGCGAAUGUUCUCUCCGAAGACGUGCUUGUCACCAAACUCUCCGGUGUGGCGAAGAUCGAUCAAUUGAUGGAGGAACUGAUUCUCUCUGAUGCUGAAGAGCAAAAAUGUAUGGAAGCACGCAGAGAUGAUAUUCGAAAUGGUCUAGCAGCAGUCUCGGGUGGAAGUCGUGGUGAUUCUCCAUCGAAUCUCCCGGAAGUCACCGAAACUGCUCACAUUCAUGCAAAUCCUUUUGCUAGAAAUCUCCCGGAUUUGUCAACAAUUCCAAGCUCCUCUCAUCCCCAUUUCGUCACUCCAAACUUCCCACCAAUGCACACUCCACAUUUCCUGCCCGAUUCUAGUCCACAACUUCACAAUCCACCG